GGCGCUUUUAUAACACACAGUGCUGGAUGACGGGGAGGAACGUCAUGGACGGAAAAAGGAAUGACGCAGCAGUUUGAGGCCAUAGGAAGGGCUGCUGUCCAAGAAAAAGAGAUCAACACAACACAAAAGUGCUCUCUCUCUCACACACACACACACACACACACACACUGACAGUGCUCUUCGAUUCAGGCUCAUGAUUUAGGAGGAGAAUUCGCAGGCGGCACUGCACAAGACUCGCACGCUCUGUGUUUAGUGUGUGGUCAGAGAAGAAGCAGACAUGAGACGAUCAUGAUCGGGACGACUGCACUGCAGAAAGCACUGUGAUGCGAUUCUUGCUCUGCGUAUGACUGGACGCCAGCAGCUGGGUUUCAUUUUGCUGAGAUGAUGGUGGUCCAUUCCAGCAGUAAUGGUAUGAUGGACAACUCGCACCCCCACAAUGUCCUUUCUCGGCUCAGUGAGCAACGUUCACUUGGCCUUUUCUGUGAUGUUACCAUUGUUGUGGAGGACAUCAAAUUCCGUGCUCACAGAAAUGUCUUGGCUGCAACUAGCGGAUAUUUCCGCAACGUGUUCACGGGCUUUGAGUCUUGCGGUUCCAGCCAGGUGCUGGAAAUUCCAGAUCUGAAGUCAGAGGUGUUUGCCAGCGUUCUUAAUUUCAUUUACUCCUCCAAAGUGGAUUUAGCAAAUAAAGGGGACAACAAGUCCUUAAUAGCUGCAGGGAAAAAGUUAGGGAUCCCCUUUCUGGAGAAGCUUCUUGAGCUCGAAAGACAAGACUCUGGAAUGACACAAAGCCAAGCUUUCGCUAAAUCAGAAAGUUCACAGAAUCAGACAAAACUGUCUGUUUGCUGCACUUUGAAGAAGGAGGCACCACGGCUUGAGGAGCAAGACUGCACCAAAGGUCCACGAAUAACUAACGCUUUUUCCAUCACAGAAGUGCCAGAAGUUAACAACCCAUUUACUUCAGUGGACUCGCCUAGUAAUGGCCACCAAUCACCAGACAUGGCUCACAAACCACUAUCAGGAAUACCAUCUGUUGAAAGUGAUUCAGUCGAUGCCAUGUUUGAGCACUCCUACGCUGUAAGCCAAGGCAUUCAAACCUCUGAGCUAAACGAGACAGUACAACAAUGUGAUAAAGAGGCCAUAACUCCUGCAGUGCUACCUUGCAAGACUCUGACCAACCAUAGGCUUGGUCCCAUUAAAAAGCGCCAUCGGCUUUGCAAAAUUUUGGCACCCGUAACCAGUGAAACUAGUGAAAAUGUUCAGAGUCCUGUUACCAGUUCUGUUGUACAAAAUGGUCCCCCUGACUCCACAUCUAUGCUGAAGUCUCCAAGCUCAAAUUCAGCCUUGUGUUCUGCCCCAGACCUGUUGCCUCCACCUGAGAUCCUGCCACAACAGGAUGAUGAUCCACCUUCGUUAAUUCCUGAAGAUGUACCGACAUCUACAACUUACCGCUGCCAGCAAUGUCCUGAAGCCUUCAGCAGUUCCGCACUUCUUGCUGUCCAUAUGCAAAGCCACAAGAGAAGAUUUGUCAGUCAUCUGUUUUGCAAGUACUGCUUUAAAAAGUUCAUGCACCUGAAACGAUUGCGCAAUCACGAACAAGUGUGCCUGAAAGGUAUACCACAGCUGGAGCCGAAUGGCAAAGAAGCUUCGGUCAGUCUAGACUCAAGUAGCACAUCCAUCCUAGAUGAUACAGAAUUCCCAAGUUCUGAGCUUCAAGAUCCUCCUAAACUUGAUAAUGUACUAUCAGGCCCGUUGGAAGUACUUCAGGAAGGAGUUACCAAACCAAGCGGUCAUCGGGCUUAUAAAUGCAGUGUGUGCAAACGAGCCUAUGUAACUCUGUCUAGCUUAAAAAGACAUGAGAAUGUGCAUUCAUGGCAAAGAGCCUAUCCUUGUCACUACUGCAAUAAAGUUUUUGCUUUGGCAGAAUACCGUACCAAACAUGAGAUCUGGCAUACAGGGGAGCGACGCUAUCAGUGCAUCUUCUGCUUGGAGACCUUCUUGACUUACUACAUCCUCAAAAACCAUCAGAAAUCAUUCCAUGGCAUUGAUCCACGUCUGGCAGUGAAUAAAAAAUCUGCUAAUGGUGGCUUCAAAGGAAGCGUGUACCCCAUUAAGCUCUACCGACUUUUACCAAUGAAGUUCAAGAAGAAAAGAUACAAGACUUACAGUCAGACUUACUCUGAAGUCAUGAACGAGCACGAUCAUUCUUUCACUGCUCCACUUAAAGGCACAGCUCCUAUUCAUAACUCAGAAAGUGGCACUAGUGCACAAUCAUUGUUCUCAAUGCCUGUGACCUUUAUGGCAACUCCAAAGAUGGUGGCUUCAGAAAUGCCUCACAUUACCUUUGACCAGCCAUGUGACCAACAUGUAGAAACUGCUUUACCUUCAGAUAAGUCUCAUAUUGAAGAGGAAGGCUUUAACCCCACUAACACCCAUAGUGGAUUAACAGGCUUCCAGACGACCGCGUCACCUGUUUUUGGCUGUGGAUACACCCCGUCUAUGUCAACAAACGAAAACACAAGGACAUCUAUGCUAAUGCACCAAAAUGACUCAUCUCCCACACAAAGCAGUAGUAACAGAGGCAAAGAUGUUCUGCCAUUCCUCAACAUACCACCUGUGUGCUCUUUUGAGGGACUGAGCAAACUUAGUGAAUUAUCAGCAGCUGCACAGACUAUUGAAGUAAUGGCUAAUCAGCUGCUUCAGCCACAGCCAGAGACCCUGACGCAGAACCUUCGCCCAGAUGGAAAGACAGAAACUUACAUUGCCAAGCCUGCUUGUCCUGGUCCAUCGGUGAACAACCAAGUCUUGCCACUGUGCCAGAUAACUGUCAAAAUUGGCAACGAGGCCAUUAUCCGCCGCAAGAUUAAAGGUUCAAAGCUGUUCCCAAAGAGGAAGAAAAAAAGAAACUGGAAACAAGAUAUCGAGAAAGAUACAACAACAGAGGAUAGUAUAGGAUUCCCGAACCUGCGCUUACGGACAGAAGUUUCAAGCUCAGUCACAGAAGAUGAGCCAUACGAUGAUGUGAAUGAUCCUGAAAACGACAAACUGUGGCGUCCUUAUUACUCAUACAAACCUAAAAAGAAGGGCAAAAGAUUUAGGUCCAAGCGGAAAAGGUUAAAGGCUCAGUACUAUACAAAGCCGCUGUCUCCUGAACCAGAAGAUGAGUUAAUGGAAAUGGAUUGUGGUCUAGAGGAAAGCGUCACAGCUGAGAGAUCUGAGUCUAGGAUGGAGCUAAGGAAUCAAAGUCCAAAGGAGAAUUUUACCUGUUAUUGCUGUAGCAGCUCCUUCUCAACCUUAGCCUCCCUUAACAUGCAUAUUGUCGACUGCCAUCAGCCUCGCUGCAAGAUUUGUGGGAAGCAGUGUCCUCUUGAAGAGCUUCCCAAUGCAGAUGUUUCAUUCACUGAGGAUUUUGCCUGCCAAAGAUGCACAGAGGAUGGCUCAUGCUUUAACUCGACAGUAAUGACUCGUAACCUGAACAGUGAAAAGCGCUACCGCUGCUCGUACUGCCCACAGCGGUUCCUCUACCUUGCUACUAAAAAGAGCCAUGAAGCAAAACAUCUCGAGAGGUUCAGUACGGAACAUAUCUGUCGCUACUGUCCUAAAGUGUGCAAGUCUGCAGUGCUGCUAAGUAUACAUGAGAACAAGCAUUUCAAUAAGGUAAAGGAUGCAGAAAAUAGUGAGAUAAAGGCAAUCAAAAGAUCAUACUUGCCUGCUUCAGACAACAGAGAACAACCAAAAAUUGAACCUUGGGCAGGUCCAAAACUCUGCUUACCGCUUAAAAGUGAGGAGGCACUGGACUUAGAUGCUAAGGGAAUUUAUCCCAAAAUCCAUCAACUCCACAAAAAAGACAUCCCUUUUGCGAUCAUGUAAAGCUGAAAGGAGUUUGCUUCAGUUUCAUCAAGAGUUACAGAGAAGAAAAUCUAAGAAGAAAUGCUCUGUGGAAGAAGCCACUCUGAAGCUUGAGACUUAAUCUGCCUAAAAGUUUAACCAUCUCAAUACAUCCAAUUUCUAAACAACUUGUCUGACAAGAUUCGGAGCUUCCCUGCAGUCACCCAAGUCGGAGUGGCAUUUGUGUAAAGAAAAACCUGAUUUUUACACCAACAACUGAUUGUGAAGGAAGGAUGCAGAAACUGAUGUUACACAGUAAACAUUAAGGAGCGCAGUAGAAAGAUGCACAUUUGAACCUGUGGUGACAGACAUGAAUGUUGUUAAAGUCACUUUACAAUGGUGUAAAUAUAAAGUAUUUUUAUUUGUUUCCGGCAAAAUAAUGUUGGUAGUUUUUUAUGUUUUUUCUAUGAGAGGAGAAUAUUUUAUUUUUGUAUGGUUUCAUUUACCUCCCUGGAUCAAGUGGAUGUGUCAUUGCUUAUCAGAUGCGUAACAGAAGCAGGAUUUAAUCGCAUUUUAAAGAAAUGUUCUCCAUCACAUUCAUACGAUUCGUUACAUGCACUUGAGGGCAAAUAAAUAAUCAUUCAUUCGUUCUGAACUACUUACUCUUUGAAGUGAAUUUGGCAAAUAAUUUGACGAGCAGGUAGAUGUUACUGUAAUUUGCAAAUCACACAGUGGUAGCUCAGGUGGUAAAGGCUCUAGGUUGUUGAUCAGAAGAUCGGGGGUCAAGCCCCAGCACCGCCAAGCUGAGCCCUUGAGCAAAGCCCCCAACUCCCCCCACCCGGCUUCAGGGGUGCUGUAUAAUGGCUGACCCUGUGCUCUGACCACAACCAUCCAAGGAUGGGAUAUAUGAAGAAAGAAUUUCACUAUGCAUUAAUGUAUGUGACCUAGAAAAACAAUUAACACCCAUUCAAAUUUACUUAGUGUUUGAAUGAAAAAAAAGGUAGUUCAAACCGAACUGAAGUACUAAAGGAAUCAUUAUUGUGAAUCAAAUGAGCUGACUCUUGCAUUGUCCAGUUCAACAAUGAUUGACAGUCUGUUGAUUUAAUGUGUCUUUAACGCCCUCUAGUGGCUGGUUGUAUCCCUGUCCUUAACUAUAUCAAAGAAUGGACCAAGCUACUUUUCUUCUUCUUAUUAUUAUUAUUAUUCUUCUGUCAGUUGUGUGCUGUAAGAUUUCCCUUCAUGUUUAUAUUCCUUCCAGUAUUUUUUUUAUAUAUAUAUAUAUAUAUAUGAUGAAUAGAUUUAAAUGAAGUUGAGCGACAGCUAGAACUAAUGCACUUGCAUCAUGGGCACGCAGACACUUUCCCAUAUCUGGCAGACCUACAUCAUUCAACAAUAUACGACAGGAUUUCCACAGUAUCCAUGCAAAUCUGGAAAUCCACAGCACAGGGUGUUAAUGUAUUAAUGUAACCCCUGUGCAUCUUCUCAUUUGGCACUGGGCACAGCUGUACUAAAGGUUAAUAACUUUAACCGGAUGUUUUAUUAGUCCAACCAUUUGUUUUUAGUUAAUAUUUUUAUAGCUAUGUUAAAGUACUCCAAGUUACUAAUGUGGGCGACUUGCACAUGCCUAUUGCAGUUUUAAAAGCUAUAUGAAGGGAUGGGUCUCCUUUGAUUACAGCUGCUGACCAGGUUAGUUCAUCUGUAAUUUUUAGUUUUUUUGCUUUUAGCACCAAAAUAUGAUGUGUAUUGUACUGUUCCUGAAUCCACUGCUCCGGCAGUAGAUGUGGGUGAACACUUUGCAUCGAAGUGCAACGUUAAGCAGUUCCAUUUCAUCGUCAGUCUUCAUGUAGGAAUCUUUGUUAUUUUUCAUUGAAGUGUUAGUGUUUUUCUUCAUGUAUGCUUCUAGAGUUUAGACUCUUUAGAUGUUAGUCAUAACAGUGUAAGACACAGGCUCGGUGUGCUGGCGUGCUCAGGUCUGAGUUUUUCCCCAUUGUUUUUGCAUUUUCAUAUGGAUAGAGAUAUUUCUAAAAACUCUCUGCACAGACUCGGUUUUCACUUUACAUGUACUAUACAGACAAGAUAAUGGUUUUCAGGUUAUUUCAUUAUUUCAAGGCACAAUAGGAACCACAGGAGCCAUACUGUCCGCCAUCAGGACCUGGGUAUUUGAACAGGGGCAAGUCUCGAGGUUAGUUGGAACUGAAAAUUCAUCAGAACUCACUGGAUUUAUUAAUCUUUUAGUCCAAAUGUGUCAUAAUGCAGUCAACACACACCGCUUGCAUACUCGCCGCAUUUAUCGGUGAAGCUCAGUUCACAAUCGCUUACUCUUAUCCGAGCUUGAUUCAGAGAAGGGGAUUUAAAAAGUGUUUCUUUACAGUUAUCAAUGUAAUAUAUUUCGCUUCUAUGACUUUCUCUUUUCAAUAACAGCAAUGUCACUGAUCUUUACAGGACCAAUGUUCUAAUUGUUCUCACAAUUGCUCCUAUCGAGGAUGCGCAAUAAAUAUUAUUAAUUGCA